AUGUGUCGCGCGGGCGCAAUUACACUGAAGGGAGGCGCGGGCGCAGCGGACGUCACGCCGAGUGCCGGGCGCCGGCAAAUCGCGCGCACAUCACGCUCUGCUACCUCUCAGCUCUGGACUUAUGCUAAUGGUCCCUACGCCGCUUUGAUGAUGUUGUGUUGUGGAGGAACGGUAAUUCCUAGGGAGGGGAAAGUCAUUUUCAAUUUGAAUAAUCUUAAUGAUAUUUUGGACAACGAAUUUAACUACGAGGUUAAGCAGCAGUCAUCAGUAUGGCAGAACCAUGUACAGGAUUUUCUUGAUUUAGUCAACUUAGAGAAAGUUUUGAGCACUGCCUUAGGGUUUAUAGACGAUCCGGAAGUUUUGAGGUUUAUUGGAUUCUUAUUAAGCCCUAAGUUUAAAGAUAUUGCUUGGGAACUGGAAAGCAUGGACGAAUUUAAAGAGGCAUAUAUAUUUUUGAACACCAAAGGCUAUGACCUCAAACCAGUUAUCGAUAUCAUAAAUUCCGGGCUCAGUUUACCUGAGUUUAAUAGACCAUCUAAUAUUCUAAGAUACAACACAGGGAUGUCAGGGUUUAUUGCAGCAAUGUUUGGUGCAGUACCAAUCGAAGAUAUGAAAAACCUUUUAGAAACUAAAAUAAAAAAUGAUCCGGAAGUAGCAGAGUUCGUUGAAGUUUUGAAUUCUGUAGAAUUUAAGGAUAUCAUGACACGUAUGAUGAGUAGUCCAAAAAUUAUUGAAAUUAAAUCAAUUUUUGAAAGCUACGGCGUAGAUUUCGCAUUUCUUUGCCACAUAUUUAAAGAAUAUUUUGGAGAAGAAAUAGUUUGUGAAGUAAUGAAUAAA